GCUCUUGGUCUCUUUUGAGUUUAUAACGAACUUCAACCAUCGUCCACACUACUGACAAUGUCUGAGCCCACAGUGACCGCUACCGCACCCGCUGCUGAGCCUGCGGUCAUUGAAGAGCCUAAGCCCGAAGCUGUCACCGAAGCGCCAGCAACUGUACCUGCGACUGCAGAGGCUGCACCCAAACCAGACUCAACACCUGCACCGGUAUCAGAGUCUGCGGUCAAAGAAGAUGAGCCUCAGAACCCAUUGACGGAGAAGUUCACCGAUGAGGAGUGGAAAGCAUUGAAAGAAUUCCGAACUCUUCUUCCCGAGAUCUUUGCUGAAGCUUUUCACCCUGAUGACAAGUCUGCAAAGUCGGAACCCAUUCAGCUCUGGGGUGUCACCAUUGACCCCAAUGCGCCUAACAAGGAUGCUCGCGUCAGCGUCAUUCUCAUGAAAUUCCUUCGUGCUCGCUCUUUGAACGUGAAAGAGGCACACACAAUGUUGGUUGGUACCCUCCGUUGGCGUGAACAGUUCAAGUUCAAUGAACUCGCCAAAGAGGAAUUCCCACAUGACAUCUUCGGUAAGCUUGGAUACAUUAGCGGCAAGGAUAAGGACGGCCAACCUGUUGUUUACAACCUCUACGGUUCAAUUACCGACAUGAAGGCAGUCUUUGGCGACGUUCAAAGAUUUAUUCGGUGGCGAGUACAAUUCAUGGAGAAGAGCAUCGAACUUCUUGAUUUCGUCAACAUUGAUCAAAUGGUGCAGGUUCACGACUACGAUGGUGUCAGCUUCCUGGCAGGCCGUGACGCGAAUCAGAAAGCAGCGGCAGCCGAAGCCACUAACAUCUUUCAGAACCAUUACCCCGAGUUCCUUUCACGCAAGUUCUUCAUCAAUGUUCCAACCGUAUUGUCAUGGAUCUUUUGGCUCUUCAAGCCUCUUCUCUCCGCUGCAACCCUCGCAAAGAUGAGCGUUGUCGGUCAUGGAAAGAGUACUAUCAAGACUGCCUUCUUGCCAGUCAUCGACGCUGAGCAGAUCCCGAAGCGUUAUGGUGGCUCCGCUCCCGACUUUGAAGAGAAGGCCUGAGGAGGUAUGAAUGCAUAACCGCACGGGCUUUCGCCACGAGUUGGGAGUUACAAGGUUUCUCUGGAAUACCCGGCUUCGUUGCUGUAUACCGAGAACGUCGUUUCUGACUGUCUUAGAUGACGUUGUGCUUGUAGAUCUAUCUCUUCGUACCUUUCCUCCCUGAGUUUACCCUCCUUUCGCCUUUCGUUACAUACAUACCCCUACUCUUUCUAUAACACUUACCUCUGUUGACGGAUACCUACUUCGACAAAUUAGUUCUCCUUAUCCAUGCUUUUGACACAGUAUCUGGUGCCGAUGAAAUAAGUAUACUUAGCUGAUUUCCCAACUCUCUAAACUCCUUCAUAGGACGUUCACAACUGG